CACGGACAGUAGACAGAUAAUGGGACGCAACAAUUUCCACCGCACUCUAUUUUUAAACACUCUCACUCUCUCGUGGCUCACUAAAUCUCACAGCCAAACUCAAUACCGUCUGUAACCUAACCGUAAAUACCUUUCAAUUGUACCUUCCAGAUCGUCCUCCUAAUAUAACUUUUUCUAUAUUUCCGCAAUCAUUUCUCUCUCAGUCAUUUCAUCAAGCAGAGAUAUCCAAUCUGAGAGAGGGGGUCAUUGGGGGGCGUUCUGCUGGGUUUGAGAGAGACAUGAGUUUCAGGGAUGAGAGCGACGAUGGGAAGGAUCUCAGGAAGCCGUUUCUGCACACGGGUAGCUGGUACCGUAUGGGUUCGAGGCAGUCCAGUAUGAUGGGCUCGUCCCAGGCCAUUCGCGAGAGCUCCAUCUCCGUCGUCGCCUGCGUUUUGAUCGUUGCUUUGGGUCCUAUCCAGUUCGGUUUCACCUCUGGGUAUUCAUCCCCUACCCAAACCGCAAUCACUGAGGAUCUUGGACUUUCGGUUUCAGAGUAUUCUAUAUUCGGUUCUCUAUCCAAUGUGGGUGCAAUGGUUGGGGCAAUAGCAAGCGGUCAGAUUGCUGAAUAUAUAGGGCGAAAAGGGUCUUUAAUGAUUGCUGCCAUUCCUAAUAUUAUUGGAUGGCUUGCCAUAUCAUUUGCCAGAGAUGUUUCAUUUCUCUACAUGGGAAGGCUGUUGGAAGGUUUUGGCGUGGGAAUAAUUUCUUAUACGGUGCCUGUAUACAUAGCUGAGAUAGCACCUCAAAACUUGAGAGGGGCUCUGGGUGCAGUGAACCAGCUCGCAGUCACCAUUGGAAUAAUGCUGGCUUAUUUGCUGGGACUUUUUGUUGAAUGGAGAAUACUGGCAGUUUUGGGUAUACUGCCAUGUACAAUAUUAAUACCUGGUCUUUUUUUCAUUCCUGAAUCUCCUAGAUGGCUGGCAAAAAUGGGUAUGACAGAAGAAUUUGAAACUUCUUUGCAAGUUCUCCGGGGGUUUGAUACUGAUAUUUCCUUUGAAGUAAAUGAAAUAAAGAGAUCUGUAGCAUCAACAAGCAGAAGGUCAACUAUCCGGUUUGCGGAACUCAAACAAAGAAGAUACUGGCUUCCUCUGAUGAUUGGAAUUGGAUUACUCGCUCUGCAACAGCUUAGUGGAAUCAAUGGUGUCCUAUUCUAUUCUAGUACCAUCUUUCAAGCAGCUGGGGUUACAUCAAGCAAUGUGGCUACAUUUGGAGUUGGUGCUAUUCAGGUCAUUGCCACUGGAGUGAGUACAUGGUUGAUGGACAAAGCAGGCCGUCGGCUUCUUCUUAUUGUUUCUACCUCUGGAAUGACCAUUAGCCUCCUAAUUGUUGCACUAUCAUUCUUUUUAAGGGAUUUUGGGUCGGAUGAUUCUACUUUUUACAGCGUAAUGAGCAUUAUGGCUGUGAUUGGAGUUGUGGCAAUGGUAGUUUCCUUCUCUCUGGGAGUUGGACCCAUUCCGUGGCUUAUAAUGUCAGAGAUCCUUCCAAUUAAUAUUAAGGGCCUUGCUGGAAGUGUAGCAACACUUGGCAACUGGUUUACCGCAUGGGUGGUUACAAUGACUGCAAACUUGCUCUUGGAAUGGAGCAGUGCAGGUACCUUCACCAUUUACAUGGUCUUGGCUGCUUUCACUGUGGCAUUUGUUGCGGUUUGGGUCCCUGAAACUAAAGGAAGAACUCUCGAAGAAAUUCAGCGGUCCUUCAGAUAAAAUUUCCUUCCUUUUUCUUCUUUUUUUUUUCCCUCUUUCUUAGAAGAAGCAAAUUACUGCAAUUCUGAUUUUGAUAUUGUGAGAUGCAAACAUGUAUAUCUUUUUCCCUUUCACAAGGACUUUUUUUUUUUUUUUCCUGGGUGAACUGCUCCUCGGGCUUCGGCUUUUAUUGCUGCUAGCCUGCUACCUGCCUCCAUAAUUUCCUACAAAUGGCUGUAUUCUGUCUUUAACAGUUGCCUCAUAUAUUGUUUAAUUCAUUCA